AGAACCGCCGGAAGUGGGCGGUGUGUAUCUGUAUGUGUGUGUGUGUGUGUGUGUGUGUGUGAGUGCGCGUGUAUGUGUGUGUGUCAGAGCCGGAGCGAGGCACAGAGCUCGUGAACUGUCGGGGAGAAACGGACGGACGGAGCUUUACUCGCGACGCUUUGUAGACUCUCUCUCUCUGCYUCGGUUUAUGAAAACGGACAACAAGUUCGGUCGCUCCGCAGAGGUUCGUGGCGCUCCGCUUUACAGCUUCCUGCUGUUACAUUGUAACACAGAUCUGAAGCUUCAGGGUGUUGAAGAUGGCAGUGUGGAUUCAGGCCCAGCAGCUUCAGGGAGAUGCUCUGCAUCAGAUGCAGUCGCUUUACGGUCAACACUUCCCCAUCGAGGUGCGACAUUACCUCUCCCAGUGGAUAGAGAGCCAGCUCUGGGAUGCCAUAGACCUGGAGAACCCUCAGGAGGAGUUCAAGGCUAAAUGCCUGCUGGACAGUUUGAUCAAAGAGUUGCAAAACAAGGCUGAGCAUCAGGUGGGAGAAGAUGGCUUCCUGCUUAAAAUCAAACUGGGACACUACGCUAACCAGCUCAAGAGCACGUAUGAUCGCUGUCCUCUGGAGCUGGUUCGAUGCAUCAAACACAUCCUCUACACCGAGCAGAGGCUCAUCAGAGAGGCUACGAAUUCGAGCUCUCCGGUUGGUGGGAUGAUGGACAGCAUGUCGCAGAAAUACCAACAGAUCAAUCAGGCUUUCGAGGAGCUGCGGCUGCUCACCCAGGACACUGAGAACGACCUGCGAAAGCUCCAGCACAACCAGGAAUACUUCAUCAUCCAGUACCAGGAGAGCCUUCGCAUCCAGGCUCAGCUGAGCAGCCUUGCCACGCUGCCCCCUGCUGACCGUCAGCUCCGGGAACCCGCCCUUCUCAGCAAGAGAGCCACUGUGGAGGCAUGGCUUACAAGAGAGGCCAACACACUACAGAAAUACCGACUGGACCUGGCUGAGAAGCACCAGAAAACACUGCAGCUGUUGAGAAAGCAGCAGACCCUUAUUCUGGAUGAUGAGUUGAUCCAGUGGAAGAGACGGCAACAGCUGGCAGGCAACGGGGGCCCACCGGAGGGAGGUCUGGACAUCCUUCAGUCCUGGUGUGAGAAGUUGGCUGAAACCAUUUGGCAAAACAGGCAGCAGAUUCGGAGAGCAGAGCACCUGAGACAGCAGCUGCCCAUCCCUGGACCUAUUGAAGAGCUCCUGAAUGAACUCAACAGUACCAUCACAGAUAUCAUCUCAGCACUGGUCACCAGCACCUUCAUCAUUGAGAAGCAGCCUCCUCAAGUCCUGAAAACCCAAACCAAGUUCGCUGCCACAGUCCGCCUCCUCGUUGGGGGGAAGUUAAACGUGCACAUGAACCCUCCACAAGUCAAAGCCACCAUAAUUAGUGAGCAGCAAGCCAAGGCCCUGCUAAAAAAUGAAAACACAAGAAACGAGAGCAGCGGAGAAAUUCUUAACAAUAACUGUGUGAUGGAGUACCAUCAAACCACAKGCACUCUCAGUGCCCACUUCAGGAACAUGUCUUUAAAAAGGAUCAAGCGAUCGGACAGACGAGGAGCAGAGUCRGUCACAGAAGAGAAGUUCACCAUUCUGUUCGAGUCCCAGUUUAGUGUCGGAAGCAACGAGCUUGUUUUCCAAGUGAAGACAUUAUCACUUCCUGUUGUGGUGAUAGUUCACGGUAGCCAAGACAAUAAUGCCACAGCGACUGUUUUGUGGGACAAUGCUUUUGCAGAGGCGGGUCGAGUGCCUUUCCUGGUGCCAGAUAAGGUGCUUUGGCCUCAGCUGUGUGAAGCCAUCAACAUGAAGUACAAGGCAGAGGUGCAGAGCAACCGAGGCCUGUCUGAGGAGAACCUGGUCUUCUUGGCUCAAAAGGCUUUCAGCAGCUCCAGCAACAAUCCAGACGACUACCGGAGCAUGACAAUGACCUGGUCACAGUUUAACAGGGAAAGCUUGCCUGGGAGGAACUUUACGUUUUGGCAGUGGUUUGAUGGAGUGAUGGAACUCACAAAAAAGCAUCUCAAACCUCAUUGGAAUGACGGAGCUAUCCUGGGUUUUGUGAACAAGCAACAGGCUCAGGAUAUGUUGAUGUCCAAACCCAACGGUACCUUUCUUCUGCGCUUCAGUGACUCUGAGAUUGGAGGCAUCACAAUCGCAUGGGUGGCAGAAAAUCCCACCAAAGCAGGUGAACGGAUGGUUUGGAACCUCAUGCCCUACACAACCAAAGACUUCUCCAUUCGCUCUCUGGCUGACAGAAUUAGCGAUCUCAAUCACCUGCUGUUCCUCUACCCCGACAGACCCAAAGAUGAAGUUUUCUCCAAGUAUUACACCCCGCCUCUUUCUAAGGCGGUGGAUGGGUAUGUGAAACCACAGAUCAAACAGGUGGUGCCUGACUUUGCUACAGCUAAUCCAGAACCAAUCGGAACCCCGACAUAUAUGGAUCACGGCGCCUCCCCAGCGCCUGUCAAUCACUCUCACACCUACGGCAUCUAUCAAACYAUGACCGACCCAGUGCUGGACGGGGACGGAGACUUCGACCUGGACGACACCAUGGACGUGGCGAGGCACGUGGAGGAGCUCCUCCGGAGGCCCGUAGAGAGCCAGUGGGGCGGCCAGCAGUCCUGACCAUUUCAAACGCCACCAAACGAGUCCUGCCCCCACACCCCCACCCCACCUCCCACCAGACUGACCCCACUCACUUUGACAUGGUUUAAUUCCAUUUCAUCUCUUUUUUUUCAUUUUUUUUUUCAUUUAGCUAUAAUGUAAAACUGUUAAUAACGGCUGUGAUUUUAUUUUCCCUUUCAGAGUAAAAAGCAUGCAAGUCAGUUAUCUCUUCUAGUUUGUGUCCGUAUGUGUUUGUAAAACWGACUAUAUUUACUGCAGAACCUACAAUGUUACAGUAUUGUGAAAAAAAAAGAAAAUAAGAAAUAUUGUCCUUGAAAUCGUGCAUGUAUUUUCAAUUGAUUUUAAACUCAUUUUGGAGGAAAAAAAAAAAAGAAAUAUGCUAUUGUAUGAUGUUAUUUCCAGAGCUGAAUGUUUUUAUUUUAUAUUAUCUACUUUGUAAAUUGGUUACUAUUUCGCUCAUGACACUGACCUUGCCCCUUUUUGACAAAAAAAGAAAAAAACUUUAAAGCGGAGUUUUUUGCUUUUGCUCUUAUAAAUUAUAUUCUAAUUCAUUGCUUGCCAGUUAUUCAGAUGUAUAUGCAGUACACUAACCUGAAAAGGCGGGAGCGGCGCUCGUUGCUCUCCGCGCCUAACGGCACACACAUUUUGAACACGGUACGCGAGCUCAAGAUUUAUUUGUUUCCGAUUUGUUCACCAGCUGCAGAGGAGAGGAGCUUGUGCACCUCCCUUUGCUCUCACAGGGCUAUUUUUCUUCUGUUUGGACACAGAAAUGCAAACCUAAGCAUUUACCUAGCGCUGCCUGCUUAUCCUCUCAGGUCCCACCGCUCCACUCAUCGAUGCUACCUCGCAUUAGUCCACUGACAGCCRCUGUUAGCGCUGGUUCGCAUGUUUUUUUUUUUUUUUCGUCCGCGCCGUCCUCUCUCUUCGGUUGGUGAAUGUUCUUGGUGAUUCGCUUCAACCCACGUGAAGAAGAUCCCUCGCUGCACGGGCUGACCGUUUUAAUGCUUGAAAACCACUCACAUGAAGACAUCCGGUAUCAUGAAGUGUCUUACGUUUUGAUUGGUAUGCUUAAAAAAAAAAUUGAUGUCCUCUGCCUAACUUUGUUUCUUUUUUUUUUCUCUGUGUAACUACAUGAUGACACUGUGGCGUAACAAGCAUGUGCACGUCUCUCUGCGACAACACGGACUAGCAGGUAGCACGGACGCUCUGUCAAAUCUGUUGCUCCGCUGCCACAUUCUCACAGUGUAGGAUUGAAGUAUUUUUGUUCAUUUUGUUUGUUCGGACUAUUUCUUUUUGUGUGUUUUUGUGUAUGCUGCUUUUCGGUACGCAGAGAUCGUUGUUGUUCAAAACAGUAUUGCACCUCAGGAAUGAAUUGUUGCAGAAACCGACAUACAAGCCAAAAAAAAUAAAUAAAAAAAAAAAGAGAAGAGAGUUUUAUGUACACAGAAAACAAUUUUAUUUUAUCUAUUGUAGCGUUUCUGUGGCAGUCUGCAGCUGAAUGUGAUUACCCUGAGGAAUUACACACAGUUCAUUCAGGGUUUGUGUGUUUGGAAGUACUGGCUGAAGGAAACGGAGCACUUGGCAAUCAGAAGAGUAAUGGAUGUUUUCUCAGUAUCACAACAUUUCAAAUAUUCCCUCAUUUUUAUCUGUUCUAUUCAACUUUUCUGUUCUGUUGUAGAAAUCUCGAGCCGUGUGGGAGAUUUAACGACAGGUCCCUCAUUAGCACCCUCCUGGUCAUGUUUGAGGUUCUGUUCCACUGUAGACCGUGUAUUUUUUUUGAUGACGCACGUAGAUGGCGCUGUGUGUUGUUGUACGUUACCAUGUUUGUGGGUUGUUUUUGUUUUUUUGGGUUCGUCACUUGGAGGUUUUCCAAGAAACACACCUGUCGAGUUGAAAAGAAAGAAAUAAAAGUUUUAUAAAUAAAUGCA